AUUUUUAACUUCCCCCUAUUUUGCCCCCGCCACCGUGGGCUCUGGAUAUCUCUUGCCCCUGCGUAACGAAAUAAUUACCCGUCGCCGUCGCCGCCGCUGCCGCACACUACAAUAGCCGAAAACUACCUAGCAGCCUAUCGCCUGAUCGAGCCUGCUUGUAACGAUAAUACUAGCUCUAUGGCACCGCAACAGCCAGGAUAUUCGCAAGGGAUGGUCUCGACAAGCGGAUACACGUUUCAAAUGCCCAUGACCACUACCAGUGCUGCUGGUUCGGCGCUCGCCGCCAGCCGUGGGUCCGUAUCGUUCACACAGCCACCAUUAACCAGUAGCAGUACUAUACCCAAGCCGACUACGCUCGCGCCAUCGGUCCAGCACGCCAAUAUGCCUCCUGGGUAUUCGUCUCUGUGGAAUGAGCAGGCAGUUGUUCCGUCCAAUGACAUAUCUGGCAGUGGCGCUGGGUCGUCGCCAACACUGGGGUCGCGCCAGACGAACAAUAUCAACAGCGACGGCAAGAACAUCAAUGGCAAGCGUACCGGUGGAGGAGCAAAAUCCGGUGGAGUCCGUAAAUCCCGCGCCGGCAACCCAGCAGUGAAGAGCGCCAGCCCCGACGACGACGACAACGACGACAGUUCCGAGGAGAUGGACGAGAAGCGGCGCAAGUUCCUGGAGCGCAACCGCGUGGCAGCCAGCAAGUGCCGACAGAAGAAGAAGAUGUGGAUUAAGGAGCUGGAGCGGCGCGCCGAGGACGCGACGAUGCAGAACCGCACGCUGCACCUGGCGGUUGCACAGCUGAAGGAGGAGGUGAUAAUCCUGAAGACACAGCUGCUGGCGCACCGCAACUGCGGGUGCAAUGCAAUCCAGCAGUACUUGCAGGCCGACUGCGGGGACCCGAUGGCACACGCAGCAGUCGCGGCGGCGACGGUGCCGCUGACCCAGCCGCUGCCGGGCACGGUAAUGCAGGAUCCGACGGCGGCAGCAGCGGCAGCAGUGGUAGCAGCGGCUGCUGGCUUCCCACUUGCCACUCAGCCGCCCCCGCUCACACAGCAAAUGCCGCCGCCGCCACCAGCGCCUCCACAUGCACCUGUCCACGGCUUUGUGGCAGGUAGUUCGGCGUUUAUUGAGCAGACACACCCCUCGGCCUCGCCGAACCCAGGCUCCCAAGCGGCCACCUCGCUGGUCGCAACGCCAGCCCUCAAUAGUACUGGGUUUGGGAAGGGCCUGAACGACGUGCAGGUGCCGUAAUUAUGUGCUGGAUACUUUCUUUUUUUGCCUGAGCCGUCCCAACGACCAGCAUGUAAAUUUGCCCGCUCACUGAAGCUGCACCGCGCAUUCUCAUCCAUCUAUUAUUUUUUACUCCGAAACCACCAUCCGUAUCAAGGUGCGUGCUGGUGUGGCUGUCUAUAAGAAAACGUUGGUAAAUAGCACGGUGCACUGGCGCCGCAUUCUGUUGUGUUGCGUAAAUGUCAUUGAGAUAUUG